UCCCUAGUGGGCGGAACUACAACAUGUCGAUGCCAAGUAGUACCGCUUGUGAGAUCCGGCAACAGAUGGCGGUGGUGUUGGAGUCUACUUGCGGCACAAAUCUGGUAGGGUGGAGACUGUGAUGGGGGGAGUCCGGAGCAACGACAAGGGUUGCCUGUUUGAUGCUGAAUUUGAAGAAAGACCCGCCAGUUAAUCUUCAUUUGUCUUUUUUUUCCCUCACAGUCUUUUAUCCCCCUUUCGUUUUUUAUUUUUUUCUGGAGGCCGCAGAAGCCCCGGGCUAGAUUUAGCAACUCACGGAGCCGAGCGUAAGGAGUUGCCGCGAGAUAGUUCCACAAUUCUUAUAAAAUGUAUUUGAUAGUAUAAAUAUUUAAUCAGUCUUAGAUAAUAUUUUUUUUAGAAUUUAUUUUGUUUACACGAGAACAAAAGGUGGAGCUAAUGUGUAGAAAAAAAGUUCAUGAGAAAAGCUAACUAGUUAGCUAGCCUUCAAUAUUGCCAGUAAGCUACUUAGCGGCGAUACUGAAGUUUGUUCUAUGAAUGAAUGAAAAGACAAGCGACCACUGGCAUUUACAUAUCAGCUGCUUUUUGUCACUGCAAGAUCACGUCGAGUAUCACAUGUGAAGCCGCCACUGAUUUUAUCCACUAAGGCGAGCCUCUCUAUGCAACCGUUUGACUCUGGACCUGCUUAUCCUCAAAUGGACAGGAAUGCAAUUCCUGGGAGUUGGCGGACAGCGGCGAUUUAGCACGAAAAGAUAGUGCUGUGCUUGUACUGACUAUCAUCUGGUAAUGUUUAUCAGACUCGGGGAAGCUAACUUUAGCUAGCUACAGAUAUAUGCACUACUUGGACUUGGCUGUAAUAGUGUGAAGCUUACGCCCAGUUCGGAAUGGGUAAUACAGUAUCAUGCUGCGUCUCUCCCGAGUCGAGCCCCAAACUACCAUCGAGGCAGCCUGCAGAGCGCCUGGAGGAGUUUCAGACCAGCACCGAAGUGAGCGAUGAUAACACCGUACCAUACCUGCAGCAUAUAAGCGACAGAGAGAUACCUGAUGAGCUGGCCUUGGAGGCCAACCCAUCAGACCACGCCCGAGCAAGCACCAUCUUUCUUAGCAAGUCCCAGACAGAUGUGCGAGACAAACGGAAAAGCAACCACAUUAACCAUAUCAGUCAUGUAUCUCCCGGGCCACUAUCGAAGAAAUACAGCUCCUGUUCCACCAUCUUCAUAGACGACAGCACCGUCAGCCAGCCAAACCUCAAAAGCACAAUAAAAUGUGUCACUUUAGCAAUAUACUACCACAUCAAAAACAGGGACUCAGACAGGUCACUGGACAUCUUUGAUGAGAAGUUGCACCCUUUAUCAAGAGAGCCAGUACCAGACGACUACUCGUACAUAGACCCAGAACACAAGCUGAUCUAUCGCUUCGUCAGAACACUCUUCAGUGCUGCUCAGCUCACCGCAGAAUGUGCCAUCGUUACUCUCGUGUAUUUGGAGCGCCUGCUGACCUACGCUGAGCUGGAUAUCUGCCCGGCCAACUGGAAGCGGAUCGUUCUGGGAGCAAUCUUGUUGGCCUCCAAAGUCUGGGAUGACCAGGCUGUGUGGAAUGUCGACUACUGCCAGAUCCUAAAAGACAUCACUGUGGAGGACAUGAAUGAGAUGGAGCGCCACUUCCUGGAACUUCUCCAGUUUAAUAUCAACGUGCCAGCCAGUGUCUAUGCCAAGUACUACUUUGACCUGCGACAGUUGGCUGACGACAACAAUCUUAGCUUCCCCCUGGAGCCCCUGAACAAUCAGCGUGCCCAGAAACUAGAGGCCAUUUCAAGACUCUGUGAAGACAAGUACAAGGACCUUAGCCGAGCAGCCAUGAGACGAUCCCUCAGCGCAGACAACCUGAUCGGUAUACGCCGCUCCAAUGCAGUGCUCUCAUAGGCCACUGCCGUCUGAUCAUCAAAGACCCAGCUAACCCACAGCCAUCUCCAGACAAACAUGGCAACCUUACAGAGCCAUCACAUCAGGCAGGAUCCUGGCUUAAAAUGACCUGCUCACACAGUGAUUUAUGUUACAGCUGUAGAGGUGUGCGAUUGUUAGACUUAAAAUCACAGGGUAUCCAUACAUUGAUGAAAAUUAACCACAAAACUUUUGUUUUUAUAGCUUUUAUUUAUUUCUUACCUGUCCCUAAUUUGGAAGGGAAAGUUAAUGAGCAGUAAAGGAGUUGAUUCAUGUGGGAUAGACUUCGCCAUAAAAAUGUGUUACAAAAUGAUUGAAUCCUUUUAGACGUUAAGAAAAAGGCUGGUGGUGUUCUGUUUUAGUUAUCGCCAUGAAAUCUCAGGAAAAGACCAAAACCAACAUGCUUAGUCUGACAGUAUUUUUAUAACUGAAUGGUAAACAGCAUCAACUACAUUAUCAAGCACCGGGUCAGGUGAAAUCAAGCUGCCUAAUUUUAGUGCUGAGUCAUGUUGCAGAGAGAAAGGUUGCAAAUCACUUUGUUCAAUGUCCUGGUCCAGACCAAAGCAGAAAGUUGUUUUCAACUAAAACCUGCGGUUACUUGCAAACUUACAAAUAAUUGACAUGUUGGGCUGAAUGCAUUUACUGGAUGUACAUGGAGUAUAUGUGACGGAAAUAAGAGAACUUUUUAAACAUAAAGGAGCCAAAUGACUGACAAGGGUUCCUGUGUUGCACACAAAUUAAGUAAUGCAGCAUAGAAAGGACUGUUUUAGAAGUGAAUUACAUUUAUGUAGUGCAUUAAAGAUGCACUACUUAACUCUUGCCAUUUCCUCAGUGAUGCUCCCCCUAUCGACGGCUAAUUCGGCAUCCAUCUUGCAUCCUACUUGUACUGUGAGCUCUCUCUCCAGCUAGUUAGAAACAGGCUUACGUUGACUCUUGUUUUAUCUCUAUCUCUGUCUCUGGCUCUUUUAUUUCCUCUUUUCCUCCAAUAACAUCUUCUAACGUUUCUUUGCUGCAUCGUCCACAGUGCACAUUCAAAACAGCCAGUUUGUUAACAUCUGCUUGCUAACAUGGACGUGUGCACAAAGCGAAACUCGGCUGCAGCGUCAUACAGCUGCAUGGUAGCGACGGCUUCAGAAAUGCACAUAAUAGAUUUUUUUGUGCCAUCAAACGAGUCCAGAAAGCGUAGUUUUAAGGUGAAAGUUGCAGAGCAGGUCUUUAAUGAACAACAUUACUGAUAUGUUUAGGAGAACGACUUAAGCUAGACAUUAUCAAAAUUUGUAUUUAUAUGCGUUCAUAUUUUGUUCGUAAUGCACCAGAGAUGGUUUGGAAGACUUUCUGAGCAGGUGGGUCUCAAUUCGCGCAUUUCUGAUUACAGCAUGUACAAUUUUCAGGUGAACUACAGCAACCGAACAAUCACACGAGUUCUGAUCAAUCUAAGCCCGUCUGAUGUGAAGAUGCCCUCAGACAGCAGUGCCCUGCUGUGUACCACACAUCAUUUUAUUUCUGGACCACUAACAAGUUUUUAUGUCACCCUGUGUUCUCUGAUAUACUUCCUAACAGCCUCUGAGGUUUAAUGAAGAAAUGUAAACUCUUGAGUGAUGAAACAAAAUGUUUUUAAACUUGGAUCCAGUCUACAUGGAUGGCCAUGAAAGCUGUUAAAACAGGAACGUUUUUU